UGCAAUUGCAAGCAUUUCCGAUUCGCACCGCAGUGAUCGCUGUAUUUACGUUCCUGCUCUUUGGGUUCUGUUGAUUGAUUUUUCAUCAGGGUUUUUGGCGCGAGAUCUUUGGAAGCUGUCGUGACCCAGUGAGAGUUAGUGACUGGUUGAGCUAAAUAUUGGGGAUUGGGAUUGGUUUAUAGUGUUGUUUCGUGGGAUUUUUCUCGAUUGAUUGGGAAACAGUAAUGGCUUCAUCGCUUCCCUCUGAUCACAAAGCUAAAAUCAUCGAUGGAAAAGCCAUUGCCCAGACCAUCCGAUCAGAAAUUGCCUCUGAAGUUAGCCACCUAUCUCAGAAGUAUGGCAAGGUCUCUCUCUCUUUUCUCUCUCUGGGCGGGCUGUGGCAUGGAUGUGCGUGUGCGCGCCUAAUUAGGUGCUCUUACAUUAUCUGGAAAAGUUGUUCCACUAUGGUUCCUGGACUUGCUGUGGUAAUAGUUGGUACCAGGAAGGAUUCUCAAAGCUACGUAAGUAUGAAGAGAAAGGCAUGUGCUGAAGUUGGUAUUACAUCAUUCGAUGUAGAUUUGCCUGAGCAAGUAUCCGAGGCUGAAUUGAUUGACAAGGUCCACGAGUUAAAUGCAAACCCUGAUGUUCAUGGUAUACUGGUUCAGCUUCCUUUGCCAAAGCAUAUAAAUGAAGAGAAAGUCUUGAGUGAGAUCAGUAUCGAGAAAGAUGUUGAUGGCUUUCAUCCUCUAAACAUUGGCAAGUUGGCCAUGAAAGGCAGAGAACCUUUGUUUCUUCCGUGCACACCUAAGGGAUGCCUUGAACUCCUCUCACGUAGUGGAAUAAGUACGAAAGGAAAGAAGGCUGUUGUGGUUGGACGAAGUAACAUAGUUGGGUUACCAGUAUCCUUGUUGCUUCUGAAGGCGGAUGCUACUGUUACUGUAGUCCAUUCGCACACUCACAACCCAGAAUCUAUUAUUCGUGAAGCGGACAUAAUUAUUGCUGCAGCUGGACAAGCAAUGAUGAUCAAGGGUAGCUGGAUCAAACCGGGUGCUGCAGUCAUUGAUGUAGGAACUAAUGCGGUUGAUGAUCCCAGUAAGAAAACAGGCUACAGGUUAGUAGGAGAUGUGCAUUUUGCAGAAGCUAGCAAGGUAGCAGGAUAUAUAACGCCUGUUCCAGGUGGUGUGGGCCCGAUGACUGUCGCAAUGCUAUUGAAGAAUACCCUCGAGGGUGCUAAGCGUGUGAUUGAGAAAUGAAGAUCUGGUG